AUUUGUCAUUCCAAAUAUGCGCGGGGGAACAUUCGAACCACUUGACCGGAAACCCGUCCAGAUUCACUCGAGAGCGGAUGGCGACGACUACGGCGACGGCUGCGGCGGCGCCGGAGGUGAGGUACGGGAUAGUCGGGGUGGGGAUGAUGGGGAGGGAGCACCUCCACAACCUCGCCCACCUCGCCGGCGAGGUCGGGCGGGCGGAGCCGCCGGUGCGGUUGCGCGUCACCUGCCUCGCCGACCCCCACCCGGAGUCGCUCCAACUCGGCCUCCAGCUCGCCGCCGACCUCGCCCUCCCCGCUCCCCAGGUUUCAAGAUCUUUUCAGGUCAUGGGGAGCUGCUGGACAGCGGGCUUUGCGACGCUGUUGUCGUGUCAUCACCAAACAUGACCCACUACCAGAUACUCAUGGACAUCAUCAGUCACGCCAAACCACACCACAUCCUUGUUGAGAAGCCCUUGUGUACUACAGUACAGGACUGUCAGAAGGUUGUAGAAGCGGCUAAACAGAGAUCAGACAUACUUGUGCAAGUUGGAUUAGAAUACAGGUAUAUGCCUCCGGUUGCUAAGCUUAUAGAUACUGUUAAAAGUGGCACCUUGGGGCAAGUCAGAAUGGUGGCAAUCCGUGAACACCGGUUUCCUUUCCUUGUUAAGGUUAACAAUUGGAAUAGGUUCAAUUGCAACAGUGGAGGAACUCUUGUUGAGAAGUGCUGCCAUUUUUUUGAUUUGAUGAGAUUGUUUGCAGCUGCAAACCCUGUUCGUGUGAUGGCUUCUGGAGCCAUUGAUGUCAACCACAAGGAUGAAAUUUAUGAUGGGAAGGUUCCAGAUAUUAUAGACAAUGCAUAUGUAAUAGUAGAAUUUGAUAAUGGCUCUCGUGGCAUGCUUGACCUCUGCAUGUUUGCUGAAGGUAGUAGGAAUGAGCAGGAAAUUUCUGUAGUUGGUGACAUUGGGAAGGGCGAGGCUUUUGUUCCAGAGAGCAUUGUUAGGGUUGGAAAGAGAACAGGAGGUAGAGAUGGAGUUGUAACGAUAAUGGCUGAAGAUGAACGGAUCAAAUAUCAAGGUCUUCAUCAUGGAUCUAGCUACCUGGAGCACCUCAAUUUCCUGUCUGCCAUCAGGCUUCAAGGUGCAUCCGGCCCAUCGGUCGAUUUAACUGAUGGCCUAUUAUCUGUUGCCAUCGGCGUGGCUGGGCAGUUGUCCAUUGAGAAGGGGCGUUUUGUCACAAUUGAAGAGGUCUUGGCUGGUUGAUAAGUUCCAAGCAAGUUUUGCUGCUUUGCACUUGACUGUUGUUGUCAAUGUAUUGUAAAUUGACCUUCUAUCAGAUACCAGAUAUACUAUUGAUAAAUUAGUAAAUAUAGAGGAAACGUAUUUAAUGU